CCUGCACCCAGGAGAAUGCCCCGGGGAGGUGGGGCUACAGAAGGAACUGACUGCCUCUGGGAGUGGGUGGAGCCCAGGCUUUGGGGGGCCUGAGAGAGAGGUGUUUUGAGGGAGGAGCUCAGCCAAAGCCGGGGUCAGCACUGGAAGAGGGUGCUCUCUGUUCAUUCUGACUUGGCACCUCAUUCUGCACAGAACCCUUUGGAGGUUGGAGGGAAGAGGACUCUCAGAGGGAGGUGUUGCCCUCAGCAAGGACGCUGGCAUGCCCUGGACUCAGCGGGAACCGGGGAGGUGUUCCCAGAAGCACCAGCUCCUGGGCAGCUCAGAACUCUGACUUGGAUCCUGACCAAAGAGUGCCCAACCGCUAAAUAGGCUGGGGGCCCCAUUUCUCUAAGGCCCGCAUCCCUCCCUCGGGGUGCGCCCUGCCCCUCCCUGAGUCACCCCAGGGAGAGAGGGGGGGAAAAAGGGAAGAGAAAAGCUGCAUUGGCUACAGAGGAAGGAAAAGGAAACAGAGGUGGGAGGAGAGAGGCCAGGCAGGAGUGGGUGGCAGAGGAGCCCGAGAGGGCAGAUCUAGGGCAAAUCUAGGGCAGGGGGCAGUUGAGGAAGGGCAGGCCGAGCAUCCCAAGGUGCCCCAAGAGCAGGCCGGGGGCGGAGAGCCCAGGGGGCGGACCAGCCAUGUCCCACGGGGCCUACUACGAGUGUGAGCCCCGGGCUGGCCAGCAGCCACUCGAGUUCUCGGGGGCCCGCGCGGGGCCUGGGGAGCUGGGGGACAUGUGCGAGCACGAGGCCUCCAUAGACCUCUCCGCCUACAUCGAGUCCGGGGAGGAGCAGCUUCUCUCCGACCUCUUCGCUGUGAAGCCGUCACCGGAGGCCCGAGGCCUCAAGGGCUCGGGAGCCCCUGCCUUCCCCCACUACCUGCCGCCUGACCCUCGGCCCUUCGCCUACCCCCCACACACCUUCGGCCCCGACAGGAAGGCGCUGGGACCCGGCAUCUACAGCAGCCCGGGGAGCUACGACCCCAGGGCCGUGGCUGUGAAGGAGGAGCCGCGGGGCCCCGAGGGCGGCCGCGGGGCCGGCCGCAGCGGCUACAACCCUCUGCAGUACCAGGUGGCGCACUGCGGGCAGACGGCCAUGCACCUGCCCCCGGCCCUGGCAGCGCCCAGCCAGCCCCUGCGUGUCCUCAAGGCCCCUAUGGCUGCGGCCGCGCCCCCCUGCAGUCCCCUUCUGAAGGCUCCCUCCCCGGCUGGCUCUUCGCACAAGGGCAAGAAGGCAGUCAACAAGGACAGCCUGGAGUACCGGCUGCGGCGGGAGCGGAACAACAUCGCGGUGCGCAAGAGCCGGGACAAGGCCAAGAGGCGCAUCCUGGAGACGCAGCAGAAGGUGCUGGAGUACAUGGCGGAGAACGAUCGCCUCCGCAGCCGCGUGGAGCAGCUCACCCAGGAGCUGGACACCCUGCGGAACCUCUUCCGCCAGAUCCCCGAGGCCGCCAACCUCAUCAAGGGUGUGGGGGGCUGCAGCUGAUCCAGCUGGUAGACUAUGGGCACCUUACCCCCUCUCCCCCCGCCUGACCCUGGGGACCCCUGCCCUGCUGGGGUCCUAGAGCCCCUCACAGGCCAAGCCUGAGACAUAAACCAUGGACAAAUGGCAGCAGGUGGCAAGGGAGGAGGGCAGGCCUCAGCAUUAUGGUUCUGAAGCUGAAUAAAAUUGCACUGUGACU